AUUAUUGAUCAAUGCAUUAAUGAUUUAUCUUAUUGUGAUUGUCCACAACAAUGAUAUCAAAAAUUAGUCCAAAUCAUAGAUUAAAAAAUUGUGUUUCAAUUUUAGAAAAGGUAAAAAUUAAUCAUGAAUAUUCAUGCAAAAAUUUAAUCAAUUUAUGUAAAAAAGGAUUGAACACCAAAACAGAAGUUAAUAAUGUUAAUAAUGAUCACAUAACAAGAAAUUUAAGUCAACCCUGGAAAAUUUUAUUUUUUGGAACUGAUUCGUUUGCUCUUGAAAGUCUUCGAAAACUUGAACAGGAAUAUCGUUCGAAGCUGUUACUAAAUAAACUAGAAGUAGUCACUUCGUACAAAGGUAAUAGAAAUGAAGUCAUUGAAUUUGCUGAAAAAAGUAAUUUAAAGAUCCAUCAAUGGCCUGUUGAUAUUUCAAUUAAUGAUUUUGACAUUGGAGUAGUUGUUUCAUUUGGAUAUUUAAUUCCUACAUCUAUUAUAAACUCAUUUCCUCUAGGUAUGAUUAAUGUUCAUGCAAGUUUGUUACCACGAUGGAGAGGAGCUGCUCCAAUAAUUUAUUCACUUUUUAAUGGAGAUACGAAAACUGGCAUCACUAUUAUGACAAUAAAACCAAAAAAGUUUGAUAUUGGUGAAAUAUUAGCCCAAGAAAUAGUAAAUAUUGGUCCAAAUGAAAUGCAACCGGAGUUACAGAAAAGAUUAGCAGUAAUUGGCUCUGAUUUAUUAGUUAAGACAAUACAAAAAUUACCGCAUAUUUUAAAUGAAGGCAUCCCUCAAUCUACUGAUGGAUUAACUUAUGCACCGAAAAUAAAACGUGCAAUUGCCGUUGUUAAAUGGUCUGAAAUGAGUGCCGAAAAUGUUUAUAAUCUUCAAAGAGCAUUAUUUGACAUUUACCCAUUAGAAUCUAAAUUUCAAGGACAAAUACUGAAACUGUAUAAUGUUAAAUUGUUAGAUAAGUUGCAAUCUCCAUUUAAAUCGAAGAAUGAGUUAGAUAUAACACCGGGAUUAAUAGUGUAUGACAAACAUUUAGAUUUAUUGAGAGUUCAAUGCAAGGAUGGAAAUUGGGUGACAAUUGAAAAGGUAACAUUGAUAAAUCAUAAACGAAUGACAGCUAAAGAAUUUAAUAAUGGAUUUUUAAACAAAAAAAAGAAUAAAAUGAUAUUAGAAACGUAAA